AUGCCGAUGGAUGCGCUGCCUCUGCCAUGGUCGACCCGCCACUUGCACCUGGCUACCGCCCUUUUGCUCUUCGUCCCCGAGACGGAGGCCAGACCGUCACGUCGCUCACGAGGGCGGCUGCUGUCCAACAGCACCAGCUCCAACGAGAGCAGCACCACAACAUGCACCACCGAAGCCGUGGCCUGGGUCCCGCUGGAGCCUCGCAAGGAGAUGGAGUUCGACCUCGUCGCUGUGCUCAGUGGUAUGGCCGUCGGAGUGGUUUCGAUGAUCAUCUUGUUCGGCAUCCACAAGCUCAUCCUCCAUCUGCGAGCCCGAGGGCACGGCGAUGUCAUGCAAGGAUUCCAUUCUUUGCUGAAGAAGCGUGAGACAAAGCACGCCCCGCCGGAAGUGCUCGUAACACCGGAAGUGAUCGUGAAACCGCCGCAGGACAAAGAGUGA